AUGACGGUAUUCCUGACACUUCUCACGUUUUUCGCCGGGGCUGUCGAUGGCGACUUGCUCGAAAAAUAUGCAAGCGCACCUGGCAACGUGUACCACGGUAGGUACACCCGAGAUAUUCACGGGCCGGAGCUCCUGAUACCACGACGAGUGCUCGGGGACGGCAGCUUCAGCACGUAUUCCCUGCCGAAUUUCUAUAACCGCCGGGAGAUCGGGGAGCGCGGCAAGAGGUCCACCGGGACGGCCGAUAAAUUGCACCUGGUGCUGCCCUUCAACGGGAUCGAUCACCACGUGGAGCUCAGUCCGUACCAUGAAUUCAUCUCGCCCGACAUGGUAGUGGAGACGCGGGGGGGCGCCGGGUUCGGCACUAAUCUGAACGAGGGCUUGAGAUUCAGAAGGGCGUCCGACCGGCAGUGCCACUAUCGCGGCACCGUUCGGGGCCACGACAAUUCCAGGGCGGCUCUCUCUCUGUGCGAUGGUGUGGCUGGUUACGUGCAAACUAAUCACGGACGGUACUUCAUCGAGCCAGUCUAUCAGGCCGAACCCGAAGCGGACGGUCGGCACGUUCAUGUGGCUUACAAACGAGAUGCGCCGCACGAGAAAAAAAGCUCGGCAGCCGUGACGAAAAGGCACUGCGGUACCAGCGACAACUGGGAGUCGGCGUGGGCGGAGCAGCUGGCUAAAAGGCAAAUGCGGCUAAUGGAAAAUAAUUCUGUCGGCGCGAAGCGCGACGCGGUGUCCACCGGCACGCACAGCAUACACCGUUACAUAGAGAUCGGAUUAAUCGCCGAUCGGCGGUUCCUCGACUUUCACAACAACACUGAUUAUGAGCAGUAUCUUCUGACGAUCAUGAACAUGGUGUCCGAUUAUUAUCACGACAGUUCCGUGGGAAAUCAAAUAGACGUCGUGUUGGUGCGUGUGAUAUACUUGGAGAAGGAGAAAGAGGAGAUAGAUCUGCUGAUUAGUCCAGCCGCGGAGACUACGCUGGCGAGUUUUUCGAAAUGGGCCGAGAAGAUGAAUCCGAAGGAUGACGCGCAUCCCAAUCAUUACGACAUCGCGGCGCUGGUUACGAGGUACGACAUUUGCUCGGAGGGGACCAAUUGCGACCUGAUGGGUCUGGCUCACGUCGCCGCGGCUUGCGACUCGACGAAGGCUGCCUGCAUCAACGAGGAUAGCGGUCUCCUGCUCGGCAUCGUGGUCGCACACGAAGUCGGUCACGUUAUGGGUUGUUCUCACGACGAGCCCGAGACCAGUGGAUGCCCGUCGCAGGACACGGACGAUAGCUACUUUAUUAUGUCUCCCAUCGUCUUCAUAUACACCAUCAGAUGGUCGAGCUGCAGCCGAAGAUUUAUAACAGCUUUUCUUGAGAGCGGACUAGGCGAGUGUUUGAACGACAAUCCGAGGAGUCCUCCGGAAAAACUCAAGUAUCCGAACAUGUUGCCCGGCGCGAUGUACGGCGCCGACUUUCAAUGCGAGAUGCAGUUUCCCGGCUCGAAGGUGUGCACGCAGCCUCAGGCGAACACCUGCGAGACCCUGUGGUGCUUGACCAACGCGAGCUGCUACUCCCUGGGGACGCCCAAGGCCGACGGUACCAAGUGCGGCGAGAACAAGUGGUGCAUUCACAAGAAAUGCGUGGACAUGGGCACUCGGCCGGCGGCGGUGCACGGCGGAUGGGGCGAGUGGGGUCCCGUGGGGGCCUGCAGCAGGACCUGCGGCGGUGGCAUCAAGUACGCCGAGCGGGAAUGCGACCGGCCGGUACCUGCGAACAGCGGUAGAUACUGCACCGGCGAGAGAAAGAGGCUUUUCACCUGCAACACCACGCCCUGCGAGCCGACGAAACCGCCGUACCGCGCGGUGCAGUGCUCCGAGCACGACAACGAGGAGGUCCUGACAGACGGGCUUCAUCAAUGGAAGCCGUACAUGGAUCCGAAAUUAGAUCCUUGCGCGCUCUACUGCAUCAACGAGAAGCGCACCUUCGUAAAGAUUUCGCCGACAGCGAACGAUUCGACACCGUGCAAGGCGGGAACCAAUCACAUGUGCAUUUCCGGAUCAUGCAGGAAAGUCGGAUGCGAUUGGCUGAUAGACUCGGACGCGAUCGAAGACAAGUGCGGCGUCUGCAAGGGCGACGGGACGAAAUGCAGCCGGGUGGAGGGCGAGUUCACCGAAACGGCGUCGUUGAGCGAGUAUGUGAAGAUUCUGACAAUUCCGAGGGGAGCGCGCAGUGUGCGCGUUUCCGAGAGAAAACCCAGCGAGAACAUGCUGGCGGUGAAACUCGAGAAAGAUAAAACAUACUGCAUCAAUGGGGACAACCGCGAGUUGCAGAGCGGAGAUUACGAGUGCGCCGGUACGCUGAUUAUCUACACGCAUCCGGAGCCGGAUAAGGAAGUAGUGGAAAUGAAGGGCCCGAUAACCGAAGAUGUCGAGAUACAGUACGCCUUCUUCAACCCCGAAGACAAUCCCGGAAUAGAUUACAAUUACUACGUGAGUUCGAGCAAUGCGUCGUACACACCCAAGUACAUGUGGGACUUCAUCGAGUGGUCAGAGUGCAGCGCUAAGUGCGACGGCGGCACGAUGAUAUCCGAGGCGUCCUGCAUCGAGGAGCAGGGCGGCCGAGUGACGCCUAACUUCUGCGACGGAAUACCGCGCCCGGAAGCGAAGAGCCGCAUCUGCAAUCAAGCCCCUUGUCCCGCAAAAUGGCGAGUGAGUCAAUGGAGCAAAUGCAACGCCUGCGACGGAAAGAAGGGCAUGAGGCACCGCAAGAUCCAAUGCGUGAAACCGAGCGCUCGGCUGGGGCAGGACGAUGUGCAGGCGAAUUUUGACGCAUGCAAGGGUCGCGUGCCGCGGCAAAAGGAGGAGUGCAUAGGUACAAGACCCUGUAAAACGAUGUGCCCCAAGAAGACCCGACAAUCCGACGGCGAGGCCAUGGCCGGGAAGGAGAGCGCGGGUCUGUCAGCGGACGAUCGGCGCAGGAUGAUCGACAGAUUCGUCGAUCUCGGUCUGGCUCGUUACUUGGACAGGACUCGCGACAAGGCGACUACGCGCGACGAGGGCGACAAGCUCGAAGGGACGAACGCCGCCCGGGACUUCCGGCAGCUCCUUUACAACUGGGCGAUGACAAACGAGGACAAGCGUAAGCGCACCUGCGAAGCGAACGACGAGAGAUUCACCACGCCAAAGCCGGGAUCCAUCAUCAAGGAUCCGAUACCUGUCGAGAAUAUUGUACUGCUGGAGGCACCGUACAUGGACGAGUCCCUUCAGUCUAAUCUGUCGGACAAGGCGUUCCAGGAAACCGGCGAUACCGUUGGCGUCGGCAUCGACACGAGCCAACAGAAGGUCUACAAGGGCGCUCAAGCGAUCGACCUCAUCGGAAAGUUGGCCCAUCGUAACCUGUCGACGACCUCGCGUCCGACCGCAGGGAGCGACGACUCACUCGCGGAAAAGGAACGUUAA